UUACAGACCAACAUUCGGGCAAAAUGGCAGAAGGUCGUCGAGGGUUCGCUUGGCAAGAGGAUGAGGAAUUCCUCAGAAAGGUGGAGGUUGAGGUGCUUAUCCCCAAGAAGAUGAGGGAGUAUGCCAAAAUAAAAUGUGCAGACUAUUGUGAUGCAUUCACAAAAUGCUGUAAGGAGAAAGGACUGACCAUGGCUUAUUCAUGCCGGAAGGAAAACGGAGCGAUGAAGGAAUGCAUCUCUGGAUAUUACAAAAACAAGGAGUUCUUUGAAAUGUGCAAGAAAGAGUAUUUGGCCGAAAGGAAGGAAUUCCGAGAGACAGGAGUGAGACAAAAGGACAAAGCAAAGGCAAAGACAGAAACUUCAAGAUGAUGAGAAUCAUCAUGCCUUGCUUAUGAUGUCAAACAUUCUUCAUGAACUAUUUCAGAAGAUUCGAUAGAGAGCAUCUUCCAAUGGCAGUGAUGCUUGGCGAUGAGCUACAGUAAUAAGAAGUAAAUGGUAUAAUGUGCUUUAGAUUUUCCCCAAUCAGUUGAAGCUGUGAAUCACAUUCAAAGUAAUAAUGAUUAUAUUGUGAUAAUGAAAAAUGAUGAUGGUGAUGAGGAGGAGUUCUUGUACUAUUAUUAUGAAGAUCAUGGCAAAGCUAAGUCUUCAAGAUGUAUAAAGUAUUUCCAAGUAUACAAAUUAUCUUUCCUAUGCUUCACAAAAGCUACCUUUUAUUCUCUGUUUAAAAAAAAAAGUAUUAUUGCUUUGGGGAUAUCUUUUAUGAGUGGUUUUUUUCAGCUGUCCAAAGCUUAAUCUUUGUCUGCUCCUUCACACCCCACCCCCUUACAAAACAGUUUCCCCUCUCAUUUGUUUUUGUCGGAUGAAGAAAAAAAUGCUUAUACUUUUGAGAUAGCAUUAUAAGAGAAGAGCAAGGCAAGAUUUAUCAAUGAAUUUAUAAAUAAUAUGGCCAUGUGAUGUACUUGAAGUUUAUUCCUUUGCCGGUGAAUGAUGGAAAUCAACACUUUCAUGAUCUAUGCUUUCUCCCAAGUGAAUCUCAUAACGCAUUUGAUGUAAGAAAAAUAUGUAUUACACUGAAUUGAAAGCAUAUACUUAGACCAGCUUUCCUUAAAUCCUUUACAAAAAUGGACCAUAUAUCACGGUAAAAAUAUCCAUUGAUUUUUGGUUAUUGUGAAAUUUUGUAUUUGAGAAAAAAGCUCUAUAAAAUUCGGGUUGCAUCACUUACAUGGCUUCUGAUACAUAAAGAUUAUAUUGUAUCAUUAGUAUGUCAUGUACAACAUAUUACUAUAGCGCCAUCAUGUGGUGGAAUAGUAGAUAACUAUUUGGAUGACCUGCAGAUGAGCCAGUGGAGAAAAUGUUAUUUUGAGAAGAUGUACCUGUAAUUUUUUUGUUUUUGUAUUAGUAAUUUUGAUAUUUCAAAAGGGAUUUCCCCACCUCCUAACAUGCACUGUUGUCUAGGGUGUUAUAUUUGUAUUUUUUUUGUAAAUGGAAUCGAUUUUCAAAUGGCAAAAAUAAUUGCUAUAUUGGACAAAUGAGAGUAAUGCACUCAGCUUUUAUAUUGAAUAAGAAGGAAUCAAUCUUGUCUGAUUAAACACAUCUUUCCUUUUUUUUCUUACAGAAUGUUUCUCUGUCAAAAUUUCUGUCAGUAUAUUUUCUUUGUAUGUAUGGUUGUGGGAUUAAGUUUACCAUAAGGUAUUGAACUAUACAAUUUUCAGUAUGCUAUGAAAAUCAGAUGCAGGCUUAAUAUGGUACAUUUAUGUCAUUUAUGUAAAGAAAUGAAUAUAUACUUCUAAGGCUAAACUGAUUUUU